CCUCCUGCCCGCAUCUGGCGGGGCCCGGGAGCCCAGUGCCCAGGUCUCCCCGGGUGGCAGUUCCCGUUAACCUUAGCCUCAAAGUCAAAGACGGAGCCGGGGCGCCGCGCUGAUGCCGAGGGGCCUCUGGGAUGGAGAGUGGCCUGGCCGGUGCCAGUGCAGCAGGAGGGCUGGUGGUGAAGAUCAAGCAAGAGAAGCCCGAGCGGCUGCUGCAGACCCUGGCGCCGCCGGCCGCGCCUUCCAAGAAGGAUAAGGAGAACAUUUUCCAGCGGCCCCUGGGCCUCCGGCCAUGCCAGACCACGGGGAAGACCCGGUCCUUGGUGGGACAGGAGGAGACUGGGGGUCCCAGGUGGACCCCUGCCACUGAGCAGGACGUGGGGUUGGCUGCCCGCGUUCCAGGGGCAGCCCCCGGCCCCCUGAGCCCCGCCUUUUCUGCCGGCGAGGGCCACUUCGUGUGUCUGGACUGUGGGAAGAGGUUCAGCUGGUGGUCGUCCCUGAAGAUCCACCGGCGCACGCACACGGGGGAGAAGCCGUACCCGUGCGGCAAGUGCGGCAAGAGCUUCAGCCAGAAGCCCAACCUGGCGCGCCACCAGCAGCAGCACCUGGGCGAGCGGCCCUUCUGCUGCCCCGAGUGCGCUCGGCGCUUCAGCCAGAAGCAGCACCUGCUCAAGCACCAGAAGACCCACUCCCGGCCCGCCACCUACUCGUGCCCGGAGUGCGAGCGCUGCUUCCGCCACCAGGUGGGCCUCCGCAUCCACCAGCGCGCUCAUGCCCGGGACCGCCAGGGCGCCCGCGCCAGGCUGCCCGAGCUGCUCCGGGACGCCGCGGCCCGCCGGGGCUGUCGCCUGCGCCCUGGGACGCCGCGGGGGCGCCCGGAGUGGGCGUGGCUGGGGCUCUGCCAGGGCUGGUGGCGCCAGGUGGGGCCCCAGACCGACGUCCCGGCAGCCACCCCCACUUCCGGGCAGGGUGAGCAGCGCCAGUUCAUCUGUAGCGAAUGCGGUAAGAGCUUCACGUGGUGGUCGUCGCUGAACAUCCACCGGCGCAUCCACACGGGCGAGCGGCCCUACCCGUGCCCCGAGUGCGGCCGCCGCUUCAGCCAGAAGCCCAACUUGACGCGGCACCUUCGCAACCACACAGGCGAGCGGCCGCACCCCUGCCCGCACUGCGGCCGCAGCUUCCGCCAGAAGCAACACCUGCUCAAGCACCAGCGCACGCACCUGCCCGGCGCCCAGGCGGCUCGCUGCCCCAGCUGCGGCCAGACCUGCGCCAGCCGCGCGGCGCUGCGGGCCCACCAGCGUGUACACGAGGGUACCGCUACUGCCCAGCUGCUGUACCCUGGGCCCGCCGUGCUGGGCGACGAGCCACAGACCCAGGUCGUCCCAGGCCGGUCGACGCCACCGUGCAGCUCUCCAGCGGCCCGGGGAUCCGGGGACGUGCGGUGGGGCGGCAUGCGUGCAGACCUGCCCGGGCCCGGGGAGCAGCGCCCGUUCAUCUGCAGCGAGUGUGGCAAGAGCUUUUCAUGGUGGUCGGCGCUCACCAUCCACCAGCGCAUCCACACGGGUGAGCGGCCCUACCCGUGCCCCGAGUGCGGCCGCCGCUUCAGCCAGAAGCCCAACCUGACGCGGCACCGGCGCAAUCACACCGGCGAGCGGCCUUACCUGUGUGCUGCCUGUGGCCGCGGCUUCAGCCAAAAACAGCACCUCCUCAAGCACCAGCGCGUGCACCGAGGGACCCUGGCGCCCACUCCCAGCGUCAAGGAGGAGGAGCUUUAGUGCACCUGGACCCAAGGGGACCUGUGAAGGGUGUGAGCAGGGGUGCCUGUGGGCAAUGGCCAGAAUGGUGGCUUCCACAGCACCAGGGAGUGCGACCCUAUCAAAGGGUCCAAGGGCCUGAUAGCAGAAUUCCAGAAGCAUCCCAAAGGGGAACCUUGAAAGGUGCGGUAGGCCAAGGGAGCAGUGAGAUCGGCAGUGAGGGAUCAGAUCAGAUCCCUCACCCUGGAGCCAGAUUUGUCCCUGAUGUGGGUGGAGGGCUAGCUUGACACUUCCUAGGUGGGACCCCAGCCCCCAGGCCCUGGGUGAGGGCCUGCUGGGGGCUCCGGGAGAGGCUUCCCCGUGUGACAUGGCCUGGGUCUGAACUGCCAGCUCUAACACCAGCAUGGCU